AUGCCAUUCAAUCGCAUAUUCACGGAGGGCGUUUGCCGCCUUCUCUCCCAGGUGACUAGUGACCUUGUUGACGAAGACACUGUCAGGGCCCGUCGCCUAGAACCGCUCUCUGCACUCAUCUUCGGAUCAGCUGCUCUUCUAGCCCGACCGGGCCAGUCGCUAGCUCCUCUGGUCUCCGUCAGCGCGUUUGAAAUGCUUACUGGGCAUAAGUGGCUUUAUUUUCCUUUUUCCGGUACUUCUAUCGAGGCUGAUGUAUCUGGCAGCCCACGACUGUCUUUGGCUACUAAUCUAUCCGAUGAGGUAUCAGUUGGCGCCUCAGAUAUAAACUCUUUCAUAUCGCCGCCAUCCAACCAGCUAUCGGAUCCGUCUUUGCGUCUGCACCUGCAAACGGGCCUCAAUGUUGACUUUAAAGCUCUCGCUUCCUCCGAGACUAGCUUGGUUCGCUCGGCUUGUCUUAUUCUCAUCACCGGAAUUCCAUUUCUCGCCGGUCUUCUUCAGCUGGCUGCCUGGUCGAACUACAAACUUCACGGAUCGCGACUUGCCUCUAUCAAGAGGAUUCGCCUAGCCGCCACCAUGUCAGCUCUUGAUUGCAGGUUAGAGCAGCAGAAUUGGACGAACAGGACAGAUUUCGAUUUAGAAAAAUGCUGUUUGGAGUUGGAUUCUGAGUUGCCUUUAUGCAUUAGCUCUAAGCAGACCAAAAAGUCAGCUCACUUAAGAUCUCUCCAAAUCCAAUCUUUAUAG